AUGCCACCCGCUUCAUCCUACCAUGGCCCGGCACUGCGUCAAGAAAGGCAACGAUUCCUAAAACCUGACUCGCUCCAAAAGUACCUCUGCAGGUGCACUGCGGAUAUCAACAAUAUUCAUGGAAGACACACGCCCUUAAUGCUUGCCGUCCAAGCGAAGGAUCACAAGGCUGUCGAUCUCCUGUUGGAGUGUGAUGAUCUUCGUCCGUCUUUAAGCAAUUAUUAUGGUCAGACUGCUCUGUCGAUGGCCAUCACACAAGGCAGUGUCUCGAUCGUCCAGCAGCUGCUCCGCCGGGGAGAUGUUGAGUUCUACAGCGAAGAUCCGAAAGUCCAGCAACCCCUCCUGGUGGCUCUAGAAUACCGACAGCGUGAAAUUUUGGAAAUGCUAUUGCGAGAUUCUCGGGCCAAGAUCAAUAGGAAGGAUCCCCGCGGCCAAACAAUCCUGCAUCUGGCUGUGAUCUACGGAGACCUUCGCGCCGUUGCGAGCCUUGCGAGAGAGGAGCUGGUUGAUGUCGAUUGUCCCGAUCUUCUAGGGGAGUCGCCCCUCAUGUUGGCUGCGAAGCUCCAUGCCUGCGAUCAGCCCAACAACGUCAAGAUUCACAAUUGUCUGCUCUCGCGAUCCAAAGUCAGGGUAAAUCAGCGAGAUCAAGGGAUCCAUCUGUCCUUUCACAUGCCGUGA